CUCGGGCGGGCCGUAAGCUCGUCGCUACUCGCGAGUCGACUCCCGCGCAAGCCGCACGCGCACCGCCGCGCACUACCGCCGACUAAUUGUUUUGUAAUUAAUAUUUUUAUUUUAUUUAAGUACAUUAUUAUCUAACUGUGCACUGUGAACUGAACUCUAAGUGUAUUGUGGUUGGAUUCUUUAAUCAAUUUUGGAUUUGUCUCGUUAACGCAAUAUCGAGACGUAACUUCUCAACUUAGUAAUACAAUGGGCUAGCGCUACUACUGGAACUCGAAGUCAAAAUGAACGAAAGUCGAGAGCGAAUCCGUCGUGAGCGAGAGAGGGAGAAGAACACAUAUACCUCUCCUCGUCUUGCGUUGCGUCGCGUGCUGCUAUUGGCUGAAGGAAGACAGUUUCGGGAAGCGGCAGCCAUUUUGUCCAGACUGGGGCCUGGAGUGCUGCAGAGUGUGGCUUCGGAACUGCCCAUAGAUUUGUUGGUGGAGGCGCUGCCUCAUUCAGCGCAUCUGAUUGAAACUCUUUUGAACAGACUUAUAUCCCUGGAAGUAACACCGCGACCUGACGUUCAAUGUGAGACGAUAGCAUGGCGUCUAGUCGGUCUGCUGGGGGCAGACCAGAGUUCUGGCUUAAGAGCCAGGACGUCUCGCCUGGCGAGCUCGCUUGUACACUACACGCCAGACACGAGAGAUGCCAUCGACGCAAGGAGGAGGCAGCUGGAUGCUGCUGUUCAAGGACUCGGCACGCACGGGCUGACAGCCGACGCGAGCGGUUCCUUGAUCUCCUUGCACGUGGCCUUGAAGAAUGAGCUGCAGCGCCACGUCGAUGUCUACAAGCAGGCUCUGCACAAGUUAGAAGAGCUGUCUCCAGUCACAAUCACACAAGACCCCGCAGCAUCAUCCCACCAGCGUCUCCUGGCGCUAUCACACGCUGACGUAGAGAGGCGGUUGAUCGACAACAAGUCCCUCCUCACGAUCGUCGACAAGCCAGCGCUGAGGCAGCUGCCGACCCUCGUGGAUGCCCUCUCUGCCAGGGUCGAGAGUGACAAGGCAGUGCUGGCUUGCAUUGGUCAGAUUAAGAGGAGUGAUCCUACGUUGGACUUGAAUGACACGAGCAUGGCGGAGUCGGGCUCGAAGGGAGGCACCACCAUGAGGCGGCGGAAGAAACUCACAGUAGUCCCCUGUGACUACGACGAGGGGCCAGUAGCUGGUGUGCUGAUGACGUACUCCCGAGGAUGCGCGGCAGUCCUCAGUCAGAUGUGUGAGGACCAGGGCACCAACACAGAGUCCACCACUCCUCGCUCCACCGACUCCGCCAGUGACGGCUACCAUUCGGAUAGUGAUGAUUCGCAGCAGCAUCCUGACAGAAGUAAGCUAGUAUCCCAGUACGCAGCAGUAUGGUCCCGAGCAGCCGACGAGGCGAUCCCCGCGCUCUCAGCGUUGGAGCCACUGCGCCACACGCCGCACCUCAAGUAUAAGAUCGUCUUCUCCGUCGUUGUUUUAUCGUUCCGCGCAGUCAUCAGUCUCCGCGACCGUCGUCUGAACGAGCUGAAGGCAAUGCUGGGAGUGGCGGAGGAGGGGACGCCGGAGCCCUGCGUCACGCGGCUCCUGGCUGCCGCCACCAGGGUGCUGCACUCCACUGCGCACAGCUUCCCGCUCGGAGAAGCUGAGCGAACUGUCAUCAAUCAGGUGGUGAGCACGCUGCGCGAGUACCCGUGCCUGUCGUCGUGCGCGGCGCUGCACGCGCUGGUGGCGGCUGCGUGUCGCGCCGCCUGGACCAUCAGCCUGCACUCCCCGCCGCUCCGGAUCGACACCGACUUCACACCUGUGGUGAUGAACCCAGAGAAGCACGUGCGUUUCUCGGCGGAGAACCGCGACAUCCGCGACCGCCGCUCCGACCUGAUCAAGUCGUUCGUGUGGCCCGCCCUCAUGGACGGCAACCGCUGCGUCUUCAGAGCCGUCGUCCUCACCUGAUACAUCUCCACCCAAGCUCUGCUACCCUGGUGACUGAUCGACACCAUCAUUAUCCACAACUAUUUGGACAGUUUUCCUUUGCAACAGUUUCAAUUGUGGAUCCUAUUGGAUUCGGUAACGCUUCCAAUGUUUGUGAAUAAGAAAACUUGCCUAACGAUGUAUUAUUUAAUGUUCUUCGCAAUCAGUCCAGUUGUGAGCUCCUGUUUAUUGCUAAUGUUUACAAAGAUAUGAGGAACGGAUUGGUCUAUGACCAUGUUCCAUUAUUUAUGAUGCAAUUUGCUACAAAGCAUACAGCCUUGUUUCUUGUCUUCCACGGUACUGACAAUUUUUCAAAAUUUAUUCCAAUUAAGAAAAAAUGUUAGGAAAAUUGUAUGUUUUGUCUUUUCGUUGAAUUAUGUCUACCUUUGUACAUUCGUCAUUAGUUUCCUUGGUUGUAAGCGGUAUUCUUGUGAAAUCUAGUCUCAUUCAAAGCUGUUCAUACAAUUUUGUUAUUUCAAUGAAAACUAUUUAAUUGUACUUGUAAACAGUUUCUAAUAUCUUCAAAGAUUUUGUGUGAGACUAGAUUGACUAAGCACAAAAAUGCUGUAAAAGUUGAUAAAACAAAUAUUAUUGAUGAUUCAGAAGAACAUUAGUGUCGGAAUUAAUGACGAUGUACACGUGAGUCCAGUGCAGAUGACGAAGACAACAAUCAGUAGUUCACCGAAACAAACAGGACAUACACACCAAAUUAUCGACACGACAGAAUUAGCGUCAUUUAGCAAGAAUUGUAUUAUCCCUUGACUAAGCAGCGGAUUGUUUGUCUUUUAUCAAUAACAAUAAAAUCGUAUGACGAUUUACAUAUCGCUAGCUAUAUUUAUAUCACGAAGUUUCCUCUUGUACAAAAUGUCUUCUAACUUUCUCUAAUAAGUGUAAGUGUAUCACGUAGCUAUUAACUAGGUGUAGUAAAUUAUUACUUAAUUUGUAACAUUAACACUGAACAAUAAAGAAUAAUUUAAGCGAAA